AACGAGAAGUAAAUGAAAGAUAGCAUUAAAACCUCCCCCUUUCACGUCCCAUCAGCUUCUCAGAAAAGUCAUCUUCUCCAAGCUCAGUGUCUGAGAGAAAAUGUGAUCUACGCCGGGCUCAGAAAGUUACCACCGUGCUCUUGGCGGAGUACUCGGAUACUACAACAAUUUCCAGUGCUGGGUACUAACAGAAAUUUGAGGGUUCUGGUGUUCUUUGCGUUAUUGGGAUGUAUCAGUCAAGAGCUUGGACGCAUGGCUUGUUUGUUUUUGCAUGGUUGUGUUGGUCUUCACUACUCAUCAGAGCACAGGAUCUCAUUACCGACCCCCUAGAAGUGAUAGCAUUGCAGGCCGUCAAGAGAAGUUUGACAGAUCCAGAAAAUCAUCUAAAUAAUUGGAAUCGAGGGGAUCCAUGUACAUCAAAUUGGACAGGGAUUGUGUGCUUUAAUAGGACUUUUGAUGAUGAAUAUCUCCAUGUUCAGCAAUUAAUACUCCUAGAUAUGAAUCUAUCAGGAAGUUUAUCGCCGGAGCUUGGCCGUUUAUCACAUAUGACAAUAUUGGACUUCAUGUGGAACAACAUAAGUGGGAGUAUACCAAAGGAGAUAGGAUCUAUUACGUCUUUGGAACUCUUGCUUCUGAAUGGAAACAAUUUAACAGGUUCCUUACCUGAAGAGCUUGGUUAUCUUCCAAACUUGAACAGAAUGCAGAUUGACGAGAAUCGCAUAUCUGGAUCAAUACCCAUAUCAUUUUCAAAACUGAACAAAGCAAAGCACUUUCACAUGAACAAUAAUUCAAUAAGUGGGCAAAUCCCGCCUGAACUAUCCAGAUUACCGAGGCUUGUUCACUUGCUUCUUGAUAAUAACAACUUAUCAGGGCAUCUGCCACCAGAGUUCUCUGAAAUGCCAAGUUUAACGAUACUUCAGCUUGAUAAUAACCACUUUGAUGGCACUAAAAUUCCAGCUUCAUACAGCAACAUGUCUAAAUUGCUGAAGUUGAGCCUUAGGAAUUGCAACUUGCAAGGAGCAAUUCCUGAUUUUAGCCAAAUACCAAACCUUUACUAUCUGGACCUCAGUUCAAAUCAGCUAAAUGGAUCCAUACCUCAAGGUAGAUUUUCUGAGAAUAUCACGACAAUCUAUUUAUCCAACAACAAUAUUACUGGAACAGUUCCUGCCAGCUUUUCGGGUCUUCCUAAAAUUCAAAGACUGUCACUUUCCAACAAUUUAUUGAGUGGCUCUAUUCCAUCGACCAUUUGGCAAAGUAGGACUUUGAACAAAAUGGAAACCCUAAUUGUGGAGUUGCAGAAUAAUAAGCUUUCAAGUAUUACAGGCAGUACUACUCUACCUCUGAAUGUCACUGUCAGGCUUCAAGGGAAUCCCGUAUGCUCGAAUAUCAGCCUAGUCCAGUUCUGUGGAUCUGAAAGUAAGAACAACGAUAACAGUCAGAGAUUGCCAAAUACAAACACUUCUGUUUGUCUACCUCAAACAUGCCCACCUCCUUAUGAAUAUUCCCCUACAUCUCCUGCACCCUGUUUCUGUGCUGCUCCUCUACUUAUUGGAUAUCGGUUGAAAAGUCCUGGAUUCAGCGAUUUUCACCCUUACAGAGAUACAUUUGAGAAAUUUCUGGCACCUACUCUUCAGUUAUUUAAUUAUCAGCUUCAUAUUGAUUCGUUUAUAUGUGAAGGACCUCGAUUGAGAAUGUACUUGAAGCUUUUUCCUGUAUAUGAUGCUAAUAUAAAAGGUCCUAGUUCCUUCAAUAUGAGUGAGAUACAGCGAAUCACGGAUACUUUCGCCUCAUGGAAAAUUUCUAAUCUUGAUGUAUUUGGACCUUAUGAAGUUCUGAACUUCACUCAUGAAUAUGACAAUUACCCCUCUCCAAGGUUUGCUUUAAGCAAAGGUGCAUUGGUUGGCAUAGUGUUGGGGACCAUUGCUGGUGCAGUUACAUUGUCUGUUCUUGUUUCUCUUUUGAUGCUGAAAGUGCAUACAAGGAACUACACUGCUGUUUCAAGAAGACAUUGUUGUCAAUCAUGCGCUACUAUCAUAACAACAGGGUUGACGAGUAAGUUGCAACCUGUGUGUGCAUCUAAUGCCUCCCUGAAAAUUGAUGGUGUGAAGGCUUUCACUUAUGGAGAAUUGACUAUGGCUACAAACAAUUUCAACAGCUCCACUCAGGUUGGUGAAGGAGGGUAUGGAAAGGUAUAUAAAGGCAUUCUGGCAGAUGGUACAGUCGUGGCCAUAAAGCGUGCACAAGAGGGAUCCUUACAGGGUGAAAAGGAGUUCUUAACAGAGAUAGAAUUGUUGUCAAGGUUACAUCAUCGGAACCUUGUGUCGUUGAUUGGAUAUUGUGAUGAAGGAUUUGAACAGGUGUUUUUUUCUUAUCUUGAUUAUUUAUGAAACGAAAAAUAAGUA